UAGAGAAACAAUGCCUUAUAAUGGACAUGUCAUCCCAGACACCCCGCUGGCUGUAGACUUUUGGUAUGUGAAGAGAUGUCCCCAUAUCCGACUUUUCUUCCUGACCCACAUGCACAGUGACCACACCAUGGGUCUGACAUCCACCUGGAGCCACCGCCCCAUCUACAGCUCCCGGAUCACUGCAGACUUGCUCAAGCUCAAACUGGAGGUUGAAGAUCAAUGGAUCCAUCCUCUAGAGCUUGGUGAGCCCUACCUGCUCCCAAUGGAUGAAACUGGCGAGCAGAAGCUCACGGUGACACUGAUAGAUGCCAACCAUUGUCCAGGAGCAGUCAUGUUUCUCUUUGAGGGCUACUUCGGCUCAAUUCUGUACACUGGUGAUUUCAGGUAUUCUCCUUCAAUGCUGCGGGAGCCAUGUUUAAUGACCAACGCAAAAAUUGAUAUUCUGUAUUUGGAUAACACCCACUGUGACACACGCCGUACUCUGCCACCCAGACAAGAAGCCACACAACAAAUCAAAGAGAUCAUCCGUAGCCACCCUGACCACAAUAUUGUGAUAGGCCUGUAUUCGUUGGGUAAGGAGUGUCUGCUGGAGGAACUGGCUGUGGAAUUUAAAACCUGGGUUGAAGUGAGUAAUGCGAGAAUGAAGACUCUCAAGGUUCUUAAGGUUCUCGACGUCUUCACCACUGAGCGAGGGGCAGGCCGUAUCCGAGCUUUGGACCGGCCCACUAUUUCUUCUAGGAAGUUGUUUGAGUGGAACGAAGAACAACCCACAUUGGCCAUCUUACCCACUGGUAGAUCCAUUCAUUCCAACAACCCUAACAUCUACAUUGUGCCCUAUUCAGACCACUCCUCCUAUGAGGAACUAGAGGAUUUUGUCUCUGCACUCAAACCUUCCUCUCUUAAACUGAUUGUGGAAGGAUGUUUACCUGAAUUUUGGUCUGCCUUACUGCCACACAGGGAAUGCCGUAAAAUCGUUAUGCCAGACUCAGUGCGACGGUACAUGUUAAGAAAGCCUGGAAAGGAGCUCACGUCCUCAACAUAUCAGCACCAACAACCCUGCCUUUUUUGGAGAAAGCUCAGAAGACUUUCUGCUCCCAAAGGAGUGAUAUUUGAAACUCUUGUGCAAGAAUCGACAAAUGACGAAGCCUGCAAGGCAGAGAGUGUGGAGCAAGAUAACUCUGAUGAUGAUUCUGACUGUAUUAUUGUUGAAUAGGGGAUAAACUCCCCCCUAACAAAGAGAGGGAAAGGAAUGCUGAUCAACUCUAUUGAAGAAGUGGAAAUGGAAAUUGUGAUAAGCAAAUAGUAACCAAAUUCUGAAUAUUUAACAAUUCUGACCUGUCUUAUAAAAUAUGUACUAGUUGGAUAAGUGUUUUUAAACUUAUACUUAAACAUAUUUCCCAUAAUUUGGGGUAAAAACAGCUACCCUCCUGGGUAGAUUUAUGGACUUGAGAAGUCAAAAUUAACCAAAAGAGGGGUAAAUAUUCCUGA